AUGAAAUGGAGCGAACUUAAGCGCCUACAUCUGCAACUGCAAAAAUGGACAGAGGCAGGCAGCCGACGUGAUGAGUGCAGCACAUGUGACGUCAUACGCGUCAUGCAAAGAUGCAGAACGACAAUUUUUUGUAUCAUUGCAUUUCUUGUCGCCUCCAGAGAUAAUCUAAUCAGAUGUCACGCGCCCGGACGGAUGCACGCUAAUAUCUUGGAGAGCCGGCAGAUGUUUGGCGUGGGAUGUUAUGGUUCCUGGCACCCUCGCCGAACGAUGACAAACCUGACAAGUAAAGAAUGCGGUUUGGCCGCGGCCAGGGCAGCGGACGAGAAAAUGAAAAAAUAUGAGAACGCCCUCCCCUCGAUGGAAUUCUUGCCAAUAUGCAUCGAGGUUCUUGGCCCGAUGGACCCCAGCACCCUUAAAUUUCUUAAGGAAAUAUGCAAAACGAUCAGCGUCAGAUCAGGCGAAAGCAGGGAACUGUUUUUCGCAACUAACAACAUUUCGUGCUUGUUGCAGCGGUUCCUGCGUGCAUCGACCCUUAGACUAAGGGAUGAGAAUAUACUCGUCGGGUUUGGCAUCACAUUCCGGAAUCAUGUCUGA